GUACUACUGAUCUCCCAUUAACAGUAGAGGGAGUUGAGAUGGACAAAAUUUGGAAGGGCAUCCACGCACACUUUGACCAUGGUGAGCAUCAACGAUCACUGAUUCACUGUUUCAGUAGUACUACUCCCUCUCUGUCUCACCGUCGAUCAUUAAUUAAACUCACAUUACAAAUGACAGCCCUAGCUUCUCCCAAUUGCAACGUCUCUCUCUCCCCCGGUUUUGUCCACCUCCGACCUACUCAAACCUCAACCCUCUCUCUCUCUCUCUCUCUCUCUCUCUCUCUCUCUCUCUCUCUCUCUCUCUCUCAUGGCUGCGCCUACCAUUCAUGGCGUGAAGGUGGUGGAGCACUGCCGAGUCCAUCCCUCACCUCCUCUCCCUCCACCCACAUCUCUUCCUCUUACUUUCUUCGACAUCCCAUGGCUUCUCUUCUCCCCCCACCAACCCCUCUUCUUCUACCACCUUCCCUCCUUCUCCACGGCCACCGCCGCCGCCACCCUCCCCGCUCUCAAACACUCCCUCUCCCUCACCCUUCGCCACUACAACCACCUCGCUGGCCACCUCUGCGCCCCACCCUACCCCGCCAGCCCCCGCAUUGUCUACUCCCAAGCCGACUCCGUCCCCCUCACUUUCGCUGAAUCCUCCGGCGACUUCCACCACCUCUGCGGCCACAGCUCCAGAAACGCCGCUGACUUCCACCCCCUCGUGCCUCAGCUGCUGCCCUCAUCACGCGACCCUCACACGAUUCCACUGCUCGCCGUGCAAAUCACGUUGUUCCCUGGCGCCGGCGUGUCCAUUGGACUCGCUUUUCACCAUGCGGCCGGCGACGGGAGAACGUUCGACAACUUCAUGAAGACGUGGGCCGCAAUUUGCAGGUCCGAUGGUGAAGUGACCGUUUUGCCCUCGCACGACCGGAGCUUGAUCAUCGACCGCCGUGGGCUCGAGGGAAUUCUCUUGAAGCAAUGGAGAGACUCGCCGGGAAAUUACACUAAGAGGACCCAAGUCCGUGACAUGGUUCGGGCCACCUGUGUGGUGGGUCCGACUGACAUGGACAAGAUCAAACGCUGGAUCAUCACUCAGAAAAGUAACUCGGCCCAACUUCUCCUCUCCAACUAUGUUGUAACAUGUGCGUUUGUAUGGGUCUGUUUGGCAAAAGCCAAAGCAGAGGGCAAAAACGAAAAAAUGAGCACUGAAGGUCCGGUUUUCUUCGGGUUUGUUGCGGGCGGGUUAGCGCGGUUGGACUACCCGAUCCCGGCCACAUAUUUCGGCAACUGCGUCGCGUUCGGGCGGGCCACAGUGAAAAUGGGGGAGUUGGUGGGAGGUGAUGGCGUGGUGGCUGCCGCCAAAGCCAUCGGAAGCUCCAUUGAGAAGUUGAAUAGAGGAGUUUUGGAGGGUGCAGAGAGGUGGAUUCCGGAUUGGGAGCUGAUGGUCGGGUCGGAGCUCCACAUGACGGUUUCCGGGUCGCCAAAAGUGGGCCUUUAUGAGAUGGAUUUCGGGUGGGGAAGGCCCAAGAAGAUAGAGGAUAUUUCAAUUGAUGGAAUGGGGGCAAUUUCUUUGACAGAGAGUAGGGAAAUCAAGGGAGGCAUUGAGAUUGGCUUGGUUCUCAAGAGGGCCACUAUGUAUGCUUUUACUUCUUUUUUUGAAGAGGGUCUCAAGGUUUUCCAAUAAGCCACUCCUUGUAGCCAUUGAAUUUUAAUAUCCCUAUGCGUAUUUAUUAAUUAUUUAGUUAUUUUUAUUUUUAUUUA